AUGGGCCCUGAUGGCUUGCAGCGCCUCCCUACCAGAGGGCGUAAACUGUCGACUACCCAGACGCGCUACCCAUGGCGACACCGCACGAAAUGCAAGAUCUUUUCCCACACCCCUGCAGAAAAGGCUUUGCUGAAGGUGAAGUGGAAGGAGCACAAGGAUGCAUAUCACACCGCACUUCGAGAAGCGAGGGAGGUGGUUCUCACCGAAGCAGAGCGCCUCCAUGAGCGCUUCGGUUCUCACAGUGUUGACUACUACUUCAAGGCCAUCAUGCAACGCUCGUGCCUCUCAUCCAAGAGGGCUGUCAGCCACUGGAAUGCCUUCUUGAGCAAGGAGACAAAGCUGUACAAUGAUGGUGAAGUGCCUUCUACUCUGCAGUGA